AUGAUCAAGAAAUCUGAGAUUAUGGAAAGUGAAGAUGAAAUCGGGGCACAACUUGAAGAAUGGUUGAAAAUGGACUAUGGCAUGGAGUUUAAGGACAUUAUGAUUAUAUUUAUUUAUGGAGGUUUUCUUCGAGCUUUCGAAUCGAUACCAACUAAUGGUUUUGAACUGGUCUUAUUAAUUCCUGCAGGGCGGGUUCUAUUUGGUAUAGUAGGGUCCCAGUUUUUGGCAGAUUUCAAACCACAAUUUGAUGUCAAGGUAGCAACUUUGGUGUUAUUUGAAGAGAGGAAGAUAGCCUUAGGAACUUUAGAUUAA